AGAGAGGGAAGUGGAUAAAUCAGUGCUGCUGUCUUUAGGACAAACGAAGUAUGGAACAGUGGAAUAGCUCUGUGGAUCAACAGGAUGACAUUGAUCACCACUCAGAAUCUGUGAAGUUUGAUGCCCACUCCAUGACAGCCUUGCUCCCUCUGUAUCCUAAAAAUGGCCCUACCCUUCAAGAGAAACUGAAGUCCCUCAAAGCUGCACUGAUUGCCCUUUAUCUUCUUGUGUUUGUAGUGCUCGUACCCGUCGUUGGAAUAAUGGCAGCACAGCUCCUGAAGAGGGAAAUGCAGAAUUGCACAGUUGGCUCCAUGAAUGCAAACGAAAUAUCUCAAAGUCUCACAGGAAAAGGAAAUAACAGUGAAGAUGAGAUGAGAUUUCGAGAAGCUGUUAUGGAACAAAUUAACAACAUGGAGAACAGAAUCCAAUAUAUUUCAGAUACAGAAGCCAAUCUCAUAGAUUCAGAGCAUUUCCAAAAUUUUAGUCUGGUGACUGAUCAGAGAUUUAAUGAAGUUCUUCUCCAGCUGAGUACCUUGGUUUCCUCAGUUCAGAGACGCGGAAACAUGAUAGAUGAAAUCUCCAAGUCAUUAAUAAGUCUGAAUACCACAUUGCUUGAUUUGCAGCUCAAUAUUGAAACACUGAAUGGCAAAGUCCAAGACAGUACACUUAAACAGCAAGAGGACAUGAGUAGAUUAGAAGAGCGUGUGUACAAUGCAUCAGCAGAAAUUAUGUCUAUGAAAGAAAAACAAGUGAAUUUGGAAGAGGAAAUAAAAGGAGAAGUGAAAGUACUGAAUAACAUCACUAAUGAUCUCAGACUGAAAGAUUGGGAACACUCUCAGACAUUGAAAAAUAUCACUUUAAUUCAAGGUCCUCCUGGACCUCCCGGUGAAAAAGGAGACAGAGGUCCCACUGGAGAAAGUGGUCCACGAGGCAUUCCAGGUGCAGUAGGUCCUCCAGGUCUUAAAGGUGAUCGGGGAGCAAUUGGCUUUUCUGGACCUCGAGGAUCCCCAGGGCCACCAGGGAAGACCGGAAGGACAGGAUAUCCUGGACCAAAAGGCCAGAAGGGGGACAAAGGGAGUGGAAGCAUACUAACUCCAUUUAAGACAGUACGACUGGUUGGCGGUAGAGGUCCUCAUGAGGGCAGAGUGGAGAUUUUCCACAGUGGCCAGUGGGGCACAGUGUGUGACGACCACUGGGAACUGCGAGGUGGACUGGUCAUCUGUAGGAGUUUGGGAUACCAAGGCGUUCAAACUGUGCAUAAAGGAGCUCGCUUUGGACAAGGUACUGGUCCAAUUUGGCUGAAUGAAGUAUUUUGUUUUGGGAGAGAAUCAUCUAUCGAAGACUGUAAAAUUAGCCAAUGGGGGGUGAGAGGCUGUUCACACGCUGAAGAUGCUGGAGUCACUUGCACUUUAUAAUGUAUCGUACUUUCUUUCACCUUCGUGGAAUCAUUGUGGCAAAAAUACUUUUAUUAUUCUGCUCCAUUAAUAUCAGUUCAGUAAAUAUUUAAGAGAUUAGGAAUUUUGUCUAAAGAAAAGGAAUAUUUUAAAAUCACUGGAUAAACAUAUUGGACACCUUCAUGCUUGCUAUAGAUCUGCAUUUGAACCAUUUCAACUUCUUUAGGUUUCUAAAUGGAAUUUCUAAUAUAAUGACAUAUAUCGAAUGGAAUGUACUGAAGUUUAAGGCUUCUCGAUCACAAAUGCCAAUGAUAAUGGAAACACCUUCCAGCCAUUGACUUUAACGGAUCUCUUCACAGGAUGACAAUUUUUGUCAUUUUUGUCUUCUUUGUAAUCUAUUUAAUUGACUUUAAUUUAAUCAGUUUCUUAAUAAUGAGAAGAUUGGAAGAGUUCUUUUGUGCCAAGUUCAUGAAAUCUCUAGCCAUACACAUUUUUUGAGAAAACGUUUUAUCUGGCCAUUAAGAUUUCUGCAUGUGCAGUAACUUGGCUGUUAGGUAGCAUUGUUCAUGAUAUAUUCUGGGCAUGAUGAAAAACUUAGCAGAUUUCACAUGGUCAAUAAUAACAUGAUGAUUAAGAAAACCAACAUGAUUAUUUUACAUGAUCAUGUACUGACAGUUUUUGUUUGUUUUUACUGACCCAUGUGUUAGAAAAAGGGCUUCUGAGAAAAGGCACAGGCUCCCCAUCACUAUAUGUGUCUCGAUAAUUGGUGGAUCAAAAAUGUCAUUUCAACACGGAGCUCAAUUUGAUGUGCAUUUUAAAUUAAGUUGAAUAGUUGUUAUCAUUCCAGAAUGCUGUGUUUAAAAUGUAAAUACACUUUCCAAUCUAAAUGGCUCCACUUUAAAUAACAGCAUACAAAUGUCUUGAGCACAGACCGUAGUUUCAACUACCCUUCUUUGAAGCCUUUCAUGGAGUCCAUGAACAAUUGCAAGCAGAAAGAGAGAGAGAGAAAGAGAGACAGAGAGAGAUAUCUGUAGCUCUCAAAGAUCAAUGACCUUACGCAUGUCAAAACAGUACCUUACCAAUGGUCAGCCCAUCACCAGGGUACAUCUUAGAAUGUGGAAGGUCACCUGGAACCCAGUGCCUGUCCCCAGCUGUCUAGGUAUACAGGAAGAAAGACCAGGGAUUGCUCUUGAAGCCCAAUCGAGUAUAAUCUAGCCCAGAGAAGAAUAUAAUUUUCAAGUUUUCUAAAUGCCACCCCAAGGGGCAUGUGAUGAGGAAGUAGUACUAGUCUGGAAUGGCUCCACUCUUCUCUCUUGAAGGGUGAUCAGCAAAACCAUGGGCUGAUGCAUUCUUUCCACUCCUGAAGUCUCACUUCACAAAUAGUAGCCAGAGUAGAUUCCCUGCUUCUCGCUUGCAAAGGCAAAAAUUCUCAUGGAACUGGAAGUACUGGAAAUGGCCUGCUGAAAAUGCCCUUUUAUCAUGUUACAUUCUUCUACUUGUUAAACACGAGUUAUUUUCUCCAAUGUAAUUUUGUGGCUAAGAGAAUGGGCUCUCAACCUAGACAAACUGUCUCCAAACC